GAGUCAAACAAACAGAUUGCAAAAAAUGUCAAAUGAAAGUGAAUCCACUGAACCCCAGCUAAACCGCCGCGAACUUUCGGGCGCUAAACUCUUCCGGCCCGCGAACAUUCUCCCGAUUCUAAAUUUGGCCCGCGUCCAAUAAAGUUUGGGAACCCCCCUUGUUGCUGGAGCCCCCCUUGAUGAGUUCGCGUAACAAAAUUUCGGUCGUGAUUAUUUCAAAUUUGCACCAUCCAUAUUUUAUAUACAGUAUGUAUAUUAAAUACAUAUAGUUAUACUAAAAGCCGUUGAACUGUUGAAUUGACACAAAUAUUAUAUCUACUAUUCUCCCCAAAUAUCGAACACAGGAAAUAACACCAUACUUUCUAAGUUAGUGGUUCGCAAACGCCGGUCGGCGGAUUUGCUGGUCCGCGAGAAAUUUUAUUUUGUAGUUUUUCUGCCGUCUCAAUCGCUUUACUGAAGCCGACGUUACGUUAGUUUAAUAUGCAAUUUCCCUUCCGCCGUCAUAUUGCUGUUUAUUAAUGGCCCGGCAACAUCUUGGCGCCGAGCAAUCACACUUUUCGCUCUCUCGGUUCCAAAUCAUCGCAAAAGCUCUCCGUCAAUUCUCGCAAGAUUCAGAAACCUCGAAAUCAGCAUGCAUGCUUUUUCUGUUCUGCAUGCUUUUCUGGAUUAAUAAGACGAAGUUACGUUGGUAUAUUACGCAAUUUCUCUCCCGCUGUCAUAUUGCUGUUUGAUAAUUGCGGUAUUAAUGGCCCGGCGACGUCUUGGCGCCAAGUAAUCACACUUUUUGCUUUUUAGGUUUCGAUUCAUCGCGAAGCGAUAAACCUGAAAAUCAGAAUACGUGCUUUUUCCGCUCUGCAUGCUUUUCUUGAUAUCAUUCAAAUAAAAGGGUUAUGAAUAUUUCGUUGUUUAAACCAGAAAACUGUCAAGAACAGUAUAAUAUUGCAGAGCUUCACCUUGACAUCAAGCUAGAUAUGAACUUGUUGCGACCCUGCUGGUGGUCACGAGACGCUUCCGGGUUAUGUACAGCAGGAUUUUGAGCCUGGUGCCCAGUUAGCAACGACUUUAUCAUUGUAAUAUAAAUUCUUGAGCUGUAUUGAUGACGAGUACCCAUCGCUAAGUAAUCGAACAAUCAAUCUGUUGUCCGAAUUUUCAACUAGUUACUUCUAGCCUCAGGUAAAACGCUGCAGAGCUACGUGUUGCAAAACCUUCUUUGACGCCUCGUUUGCAAUCCUGUAUUGGAAACAAAACAGUAGCAAAAUUCUCACUGGAGUUCAUUGUGUUUGUACAUGAUUCGACAUGAACAGUUUUUUUUUCUAUAUGUGAGACGUGUGCCUUUUUUACGCAUAAUUGGUGCACAGCACUGCAUUUUACUAUGCAAAUAUAUGUUAUUAUCUUAUGUUCCACCCAUUCCAAUUUUUGGCCGGCACAUUAUUUGAUAGUUUUUCCUCAUGUGAAAGCUUUUUAAAUGUGCCUUUUUUUAAAAGCGUAGUGAUUGCCCUACAUUACGCAAAUAUAUGUUAUUAUUUUCUGUGUAUAUGUUAUUAUUUUUCAAUUUUUGCCGGUCCGCUAGUACUUUUUUUUCAAUUUUACCGGCCCGCCAGGGCAGAAAGAUUGGAAACCACUGUUCUAAGUCAGUGUAGGAACGACGCUGUGUUGCAACUUACGAUUUAUGGACAAACGUUCGAGCCUAGAAUAAUCUGAAAAGUGCUCCAUGCUACACGCUAAAAGUCAAGGUCCGUUGUUUACUACAGAGGAAGAAGAUAUGUCCAUGGUUGGGGAAGUCGGUGUUUUAGUAGAGAGAUAAAGAAUGUAAGGAAGUACAUGGUGCUUUGCAAAGCGCUGGAGGUCAGCACAUGAAGACAAUACAUAUGGAAACAUUUGUUAAAGCACCCGAAUCUAUGGGCAAGCGUUAAUGACUUGUGCAAUUUGGGUAACGUACUUUGUGUUAUCUUGUAGUCUGAAUAUCGAGUACAUAUAAAAGGAAAAGUUGAAACAAUAUUCUUUGAUUCAAUUAUUUUUUAAAUUGAUUGUGUGUUUACAAUAUUUUCUUUUGUGUCAAACGGUUAUUAGGAUUAGUCAUAUUUAAAGGUAAGGCGGCUCAAUAAAAUGUUAUACUGCGCUUCUAGCGUAUAGCAUGGGGUUAGCAUUAUAGCAAAAUUAUUAGUGAAGCAGCGCAUUAUCGUCACUAUGUAUAUAGGAUAUACAUUAUACAGUAUAGAGCGAAAGCGGCGUUAGCGAAAUGAUGUCAUUUGCCGACGUUUAUCAGAAAAUACCGUAGUAUGAUAUAAUAUAUCUAAGUAAAUUAGCAAAAGUUUACACAAGAUCGGGGACCAUCUAAGCUGCCAUUUAAACACAGGCGGGAACAGGAUCGUUUCUUUGUCCUUCGUCGAGUUUCUCUUUUUGUUUAUAUGGUACGAUUCGACAAAUAUUAUUUUCUUCUAGUGCAGCCUGCAGCCCUGCUGUCUCGCUAAUCAAUGUGGUAAUCUGUCGAAAAAACAUUUCGAAUUUAUUUUGUUCAACAUCACGUUGAUUGCUCAUUGCUUCGAUUUUCAAGACUUAUUUUGGUUUCAACGAUGUCAACAGUCGGUCAGAUUACCUAACUGGAAUCGAGAUUAACCGCAUCGUAAAGGAUUAAAAAAGAAUACAGAAUCAACUAAGUUAUUCAGUCUGACUAGAUUAUAUUCUAAACAGGAAAUGCUGCAAACAGCUUGUCCAUUCAUUUCUGAUUUUUAUAUCAAUGUUUUUUCCGACAUAAUAGGAAGUCGUUGGACUCGCUGCGCGACAUUUGAAUCAUCCUUCGUUGAUACAAAGUGCUGAGCGUUGAGGCCUGCGAGAAGUGUUUUUUGAUUUAAUAAUUACUUCGAAAUUAUUGAUUAAAAUGCAUCAGAAUGGUGUCCGCUUGUAUAAAACUUGCUCUAAAAUGGACAGAAGCCGUAGCUUCGGCACCAAAGCUGAUAUCCAGACCGUCGAGACCAAGUAUAAGCGACGUUGUAAAACACAUCGGAUAUAUAGGAAAUUAUGUACUGACAACGCUGAUCAGGCAAACAAAAAUGUUUCACACGAAAGUUCCUACAAAGAAUUCAAAUCAACUGCCGUGGUGAGCAACACUGGAAUUUGUUCCACAAUAGGCAAAAAUAUACUACAGGAAGGAGGAUCGCUUGUCGAUGCAGCUAUUGCAACAAAAUUGAGUCUAGGAGUUGUGUCGUUUCAAAGAGCAGGAAUAGGCGGUGGAUUUUUUAUGGUUUAUUAUGAUGCAAAAUCAAAGAAAGACUAUUUCAUCAAUGCCAGGGAGGUGGCACCGUCUGCGGCAUCUGUGGAUUUGUUUAAAGGAGACGAUUAUGCAAGAAAAUGCGGCAGAUCAUCCAUUGCAGUUCCCGGAGAAUUACAAGGCUAUUAUGAAGCACAUCGUAGAUUUGGUGGACUUCCAUGGUCUCGUCUAUUCCAGCCUGCAAUUUACUUGGCAGAGAAUGGAUUUGAAAUGACUCGAAACUGCUAUAAUUGGUCAAGAGUUUCUAUGAAACGACUACCGGAAAAUAAACAACUAAGAGACCUACUGAGGAAGGAAGAUGGUACGUUCUUGAAGACGGGAGAUUCUGUUCGGCGUAUUCGAUUCGCAGAAACACUUCGUACAAUAGCGACAGAAGGCCCUGAUGCUUUUUAUAGAGGAUCUUUAACAGAAUAUAUAAUGAAAGAUAUUAAUGACGGAUUCGGGCGACCAUCUAUUAUAACAAAGAAUGAUUUGACUAGAUAUAGAGCUCUUGUUAAAAGGCCAGUAAAAUUCCAUCUGGACGACUUGACUUUUAUAACUUCGGGAGCACCAAGUGGAGGUCCUGUCCUUGCCCAUUUAUUAAAUAUUCUUAAAGGUUAUAGAUUUACAACGGAUGACUGGUGCAACAACAAAGCUCUCACAAUACAUAGAAUGAUAGAAGCGAUAAAAUUUGCUUAUUGUAAAAGAAGUAGACUUGGAGAUCCCGAAGUGAAUGAUGAAAUCGAUAAACUAGUUGGAGAAAUGAUUUCGGAGGAAUAUUGCAAUAAAGUAAGAAGUAAAAUAGACGAUAUUCAAACGCACCCACCUGAAUAUUACGGUAGUGAUAUGACACACGUUUUUGACGAUCACGGAACUGCUCAUGUUGGGAUAUUAGGUGAAGAUGGAAGUGCAAUCUCGGUGACUAGUUCAAUAAAUAAACCCUUCUACAGCGUUAUUGGACAAAGGACUGGAAUUAUAUUUAACAACUCCAUAUCAGAAUUUUCCAAUGAGAAAGGAGUACACGGUAGUCAGUACAAAGUAGUUACUAAAUUUACCCAACAUUCAAAUAAUUUAAUCGAACCUGGUAAAAGACCGAUGUCAUCAAUGAGUCCGACUAUCAUAUUAAGGAAAACACCAAAUGGAUCAAGUGUGAGAAUGGUGUUAGGGGGAGCCGGAGGGUCGCACAUUAUAAGCUCAAGUGCUCAGGCACUUGUUCAAAGGCUAUGGUUCAAAAGGAAUGUUAAUGAAGCAGUCAAGGAAAAAAGAAUUCAUCAUAAUUGGCUUCCGGAUACAUUAUUUGUACAAGAAAAUACUGACGAGGAAAUCAUUGACGAUCUGGCCAAUCGGGGACAUAAUAUUCAGAUCAUGAACGACCAAAAAUCUUCUGUGCAAAUCAUAGAAAAAUUGAGCGAUAAUAAAAUUGUAGCAAAAUGUGAUGAAAGGAGGGGUGGUUAUCCAAACGGAUAUUAAGAAGAAUACAGAGUAUUAUCUUGAUGAAAUUAAGACCUUAUUUUUACGUUUAUUUAGUUGGAUCUGUUCUUUCCCGAUUUAGUUCGCGAAACUGUAUAACACAUAUUUAUAGGGGGAAGUGAAUAUUAAAAGUAUCCUGCGCCUAAAAUACUUUGUUUAGCUAACUAUUUUACGUAGCACAAUCAAAAUGAGGACAAAAUUUUACUUUUAACGACUUGUAAACAAUGGGUUUUUUAUGUAUUAUAUUGUAGCUAAGUAUAACACCAAAGUAUUCUUUGUAAUAAUUUCUAUAUUAUUCCCUCGAGAUAGCUGACAUUCAUUAGGUAUUAAUGUUUCAUUAUUCGGUCUGCAUUACUUUUUAUCUAGCUCUGCCUACCACGUUAUCUCCAAUUUUCAGGCUUGUCCAUGGGAAUGGGAGUACCAUGGGAUGGAACCGCACACAUUUCUAUUUCCCAUGGGACACGUGAGACACGAAAACCGUACGAUUUUCGGGGAAAUGAUGGUAAAACAUUUCGUUAUGAACUUUGUGUCUAUAUAUUUGAGCAUAGCUCUCUUGCUAGUUAUA